AUGACGAAAGCUAAAGUCAAGAUCAACCCUCUAGUUUGCGCAGACGUUAUGAACCAAGCGCAAUCCAAAACUAAAGAUGCUGAUAACAAAUCAGUCGGUAAGCGCUGUUCAAGCGGCAUUUCUGAACCCACAGUCAAUGGAAAAGAACCCAAACGCAAUGAGAAAGCCCGACAAACAGCUCCGGGAUCUCUGAAGACUCGCAAUAAAACGUCCGGCCGGAGAAAAGGACCUGAUGGCUCGAGUAAAGACUGUAAUACAUCUACAACCAUGGAUAGUGGUUCAGAAAAAUCACUCUCCGCAUCUGAUGAGAAUAAGGCAUCUAAUAACCAUGCGCAAAGUUUUAGGAGUCAAGCAGCAAUGGAAGAAGAAAAAGUAAUUGAUUGCUACGACCUCAGUUCAUCACGGAAUAACAGAAUCCCGAUCCCAGCACUUGGUAUUGGAGAGAGAAGUAGUUCUCCCUUCCCUUCCACUGACCGCCAAUGGAACCUGAGCGCUCUGUGGGAGCUCGAUGGAAACGGAGCGCACGAAGACCUGCAGAAGGAAAUCGAUGAGUUAAGAUCAGAAAACGAAUAUUUAAAGGAUGAGAUGGAGGAACUGCGCUCAGAGAUGCUGGAGAUGAGAGACCUUUACAUGGAGGAGGACAUGUACCAGCUACAGGACCUCAAGCAGCAGCUGGACCAGGCCAACAAAACAUGUCGCAUCCUGCAGUACCGGCUCCGCAAGGCUGAGAGACGUAGCCUACGUGUUGCCCAGACGGGCCAGGUGGAUGGCGAGCUUAUCCGUACCCUGGAGCAUGAUGUUCGGGUAGCAAAAAGUGUGUCCCUUCGCCUGCAUAGAGAGCUAGAAGCAGUGCAGAAGAAGAGCUCUCAGCUGGAGUGGGAGAAUGAGGAGCUGCGAGAACAACUCCAAAACCUAGAGGUGGCCAAGCAGGUCCUGGAGGCUGAAAUGGACAAAACCAAAGCGGUGUUUUCCCAGAAUUCCCUUAAGAGAAGAAGUUUAAAAUCAACAAACAGCAGGAGUGAAAAGAAGCUCACUGCACAGGAUGAUAGUGCAGAUCUAAAAUGCCAGCUUCAUUUUGCCAAAGAAGAGUCAGCCCUCAUGUGCAAAAAAUUAACUAUGAUGGCUGUUGACUGUGAAAGCCUAAGAGGGGAGCUGUCCAAAUACAGACUGCAUUAUGGUGACUUAGAUGUGACGCAGGCUACUUCAAGUAUCACUAACGCUUCCCACAUGCAUGAAGCAGAGGUAAAAAAUCAUCUUCGUCUCGUGGAAGAAGAAGCCACACUGCUAAGCCGUCGAAUUGUGGAGCUGGAAGUGGAGAACCGAGGCCUAAAAGCAGAGAUGAAUGACAUGCAAGACAAAAUUGGAUUAAGCCAAGAAGUGAAAGAUGAAGUAACCAUACCUGUCUCUGUGGAACAAUAUGAGGAAACUAAAAAAGACCUGGAUCAUGAACAUUCAAAAUCUAAAGAGGGAACUGGUGGAAAUGUUCACUUAGAUGAUGUAACGCAGAUCCUCAGAGAGGAACUAAUAAGUGUGGAGAGGAACCAUUUUGAAGACCAGGAUAAUUCUGGUGACAAUGAAGAGUUUAAUACAAAGGUCCCAUGUGAGCAGGGCAGCGUUCUCAGCCAGAAAGACCUAGAUGAUUUCAUUGCAGUUCGUGACCAGGCUAUGCUAGUUAGAUCAAUCAUCCAUUUUCUAAUACCUCCAGCAAACAAUGGUUUCUUACCAAUAUUAAACCAUGAUCUUCUCCCUAGCGUUCCUGUUCUCAACAAUCUGGAAGUUGAUUCCCAGUGCUCAUCUAAUCCAUGCGGUGUGAACCCCAUGUUAAGUCCCCUUACCAAUGGACUAGACGUGCUGCAAGCCCAGCUAAAGACCAUUGUCACAAAGGUAGAAGUUCUUGUGAAUUCAGUGCCCACUAACCAUGAAACACACCUGAUAUCAGGAAAAGACAAAGAAGCAAAUACAGAAAAAAUACUGGAAACAAAUAUGCAGGAUGUGAAGCAAUGUCCUGAUGAGGAAAUUAUUUGCCAUCCCAAAGACAGUAAUGGACAGAGCUGUAACUUGGACAGUCUUGAGCUACUUACAUCACAACUGCACUGGAUUCUCCAGCAGUGGCGUCAAGGAAAAAGAUCUGCUGAAGAGUGCUUGUCUGAGUCAAAUGGAUUCAAGACGCUUCUAAAAGAAUGUGAAACAUAUAGUGUGAAUCUCAAAGAGAGCCAAUCAACACAGACACUUAAGAAGAACUGGUUAUACCUGAGCCGAGAGGCAGCUUUGAUGGACAGAGAAAAUCCUCACAAGACCUGGGACUGUCCCAUCAUGCCACCCAGUUGUUCUGAGCUAAAUCUAAAGAAGACAACUACUCAGAAAAGCCACACAGCUCCAGAGAGAACCACUCUUCGUAUUUACUAUAGUCCCCCAUCAGCACGCAGAAUUUACCUGAGCGCUAUGACAACAGGAAAUGAAGAAUCUUUAAAGCAACAGGAGAGACAAGAAAAAAGUAUUCACCAUUCCCCAUCUAAUGAUACAAAUGAAGCUAAUGUCUAUGACAACUGGCAAGAUACUCUACCAUUUCAGUGGCGAAGCUUAAUAGAAGAGGGUCAGUUUGCUACAACUAGUUCAAAUUCAUCCUCUGGUUUCCAAUCCCCUGGUGUUUCAUCUCCAUCUUGCUUGCCCCUGAGUGGAUGGGAGGUCUCAUCAAACCUAAGUGAUGACAUGAAAGAAAUGACAGCCAGUGUGCUAGAAAGACAGAAAGGAAAGGACUCAAUUAUUCAUGCUGUUGGAGUGGUUAGUACAGGAACCCAGACUCAGGCCCAAUCAGGACUGAAUAGUGAUCAACUUCAGACUGAAAGCUCUAAAAGUUCAUAUUCACGUAAACAUCGGCCAUCAAAAGUCACUUCAUUUGUGUUUCCUCGUCCCCAAAGCAUCUCUGCUUCCUUAGAGAAAAUGUCUGGGGCCUUGGAAAAGCUUCCCUUUAGCUCUACAUCACCCAAACCUCGUCAAAGGCAUUCAAGCUCUUCUACUUUUUACUCUAGCUCUUCUUCCUCCAACUUUUCAAACUCGUCCUCUUCUUUAACCUCAUCUUCAUUGUCCACCUCCUCAUCUUUGACCACUUCCACCAGGCUGGAGACUUCCAGGGAACGAAGUGUAUGGGGUGUUCCUCAGUCCACUUCUAGUUCAUCAGCCCGGGCCCGCUUAAGUGCUACACUGCCUGGCUCAACAUUGGACAGAAGCAGUGAUAUAUCAGCUAGCCAGAAGACUGCAGAGACAAACAAGUAUGGCCUGGUUCAAGUCUUUUUCCACAAUGUGUGUGGCCGUGGAGAGAAACCAAAUCCAACAGGGAACAAAGUACCAGUGGUACGCAGGGAUUAUUCUGGAUUGAAAAAAGCAGAAGGGCCUGUCUCACCGAAUUCUAGGGUGCCACUGGUGAGGAAUGACAGUGUCACCAGAAUAGUUAAUCGCAGGUUUAUAAAGCAGAAUAGGAAGGAUGCACCAGGACCUGGCCAAACAGAAACACAAGGGCAAUGCCGAAACCAAACCAAGACACCCAAAAGUAAGGACAAGGGUUUUGGCACUGUUACUCUGGAGGAUGGCUCCUGUGGCUGCAGCUCUCGAACCUUGGCCUCCUGCUUUGCUCGGGUGUCUCGCACCAACCAUCGGCACACCCAGAGUCAUUGUAAGCCCUGCCUCUCAGCAGCUGGUGGGAAUGGGAAUGUGCUUUCCCGGUAAGGGCUGCUGUCCCCAUGCAUGCUGAUGCCAGUGCACAGCUGACAGAAUUCUUCACAAGAUGCAGCAGAUCAUCUACUUUGAAAAUGUAUAAUUGACAUGUAUACUGUAUAUAGUAUACAUGUCAAAUAGUUUCUCACUAUUUUUUUGUCUUAUCACUACUAAAAAUGUAUGCUGAUUGUAAUGGAAAGUAAAUGUUAGCAAGUUUUAAUUAAAUCAGUUAAAGUAAAUAGCUUGGA